AUGUUCUUUAAAACAUUUUCUUUGGUAAUUUUAUGUGCUGCCUCUAUUGGGUUUACCGAUGCGAAAAAGCCAACCAUCGCUGUGCCCGCUGACAUAGUUGGCUUAAUAACGGAAAAGUCCGUGGAGUGUAUUGCCGAAACCGGUGCCGACGUGAAUAUCCUGCAGCGCGUCUUCAAUUGGCAGUUUGACAAUAAUAAGACGAGCAAAAAGUUCUCAUUCUGCCUGUUCAAGAAAGCUGGCUUCAGCGAUGAGACUGGCCACUUCCACAAGGACAAGAUCCUCGCCCUGUACGAGAAAAGUGGCAAGAAAGAUCUGGUUGAAAGCGCUGCUCAGGAGUGCGACAAGAUAAACGAGAAGAAUCCACUGGAAACAAUGUACAAAGUGAUCCUUUGUUUCUUCGAUAAAUCGCCAGUCCUGCUUGAAGUAAAGUUAGAU